AAUGAAACCUAAAAAAAAACUUGAGAGAUCAGAUCAACAAAACCAAGAGAAAACAUGGCUCAGAACGAUACAGUGAAGCUGAUAGGUUGUUCGGAUGACCCUUUUUCCAUUAGGCCACGAGUGGCUCUACACUUGAAAUCUAUCAAGUACGAGUACUUAGAAGAACCUGAUGAUGAUCUUGGGGAAAAGAGCCAACUCCUUCUCAAAUCUAACCCUAUCCACAAGAAAACCCCUGUCCUCAUUCAUGGUGACCUUGCAAUCUGUGAGUCCCUCAACAUCGUUCAAUACCUCGACGAGGCUUGGCCUUCUGAUCCAUCCAUCCUUCCUUCUAAUGCCUAUGAUCGUGCGUCUGCUCGGUUCUGGGCUCAGUACAUCGACGACAAGUGCUUCGAGGCGGCGAAUGCGCUGACCGGAGCAAACAACGACGAAGAGAGAAUAGCGGCGACGGGAAAGCUGACGGAGUGUUUGGCGAUACUAGAAGAGACGUUUCAGAAGAGCAGCAAAGGGUUAGGGUUUUUCGGAGGAGAAACCAUCGGCUACCUUGACAUUGCAUGUGCGGCUCUUUUGGGUCCGAUCUCUGUGAUCGAGAUGUUUUCCGCCGACAAGUUUGUCCGGGAAGAGACAACACCUGGGUUGAUCCAAUGGGCCGUGAGGUUUAGGGCCCAUGAAGCUGUUAGGCCUUACAUGCCAACCGUCGAAGAGGUCACUGAAUUAGUAAAGCAAAGGAUUGAGGAGGGUUUUAAGCGAAACUUCAAAAGCAAUGUUUCGACUUCGGAAUAUGAAUAGUUGAUGUUUGAAUAUUUUAAUGCUUUCUGUAUUACUAUUUUGUGCCAAAACAUAUGCACUUGGAUUUUUCUUUCUUCUAUUUGAUAUCUUUGUGUUUUUAUUGAUUUUGAAGCCUCAUUUCUCUUAGUUUUCUUUAUUUCACAUUCAUGUUUUAGCAUAUAGUUUCAUAUUAUUAUUUGGUUAAUUGUUUAUAUAUAC